AUGUUUCAAUCUCUUCGAUAUAGAUUUAGCAGCAGCGGCAGCAGAUCCUCCCUCAUCCGAAUAAUCACCGCCACCGCAUCAGUCUCUGCCACAAACCCCACGCACACUCACUCCUCAGUCCUCCCAAACCACCACCAGCAGCGCCACAAGUGGGAGGGCCCAAUUGGAGGAGGACGAGGGAGUGGAGGAGAGUACGACCACAUUAGGGCUGACGUCAAUUGUCCCCGAUGCUCCAAACAAAUGGCGGUGCUCUUCUCCACCCGACCACUCUCCAUUACCGGCCGAGAGACGGGGCUUUACCAGGCCCUCAAUCUUUGCCCCAAUUGCAAGACCGCCUUCUAUUUCAGGCCCUUGAAACUCGUCCCUCUGCAUGGCACUUUCAUCGAGAUUGGUAGGCUUAAGCCUAAGGAUGACACCCGCGCCAAUUCCUUUCAUGCAAAACCAGAGCCCUCCUGCGCUGUUGAUUCGUCUCCGGCAGCCAUGGACUCGGCAGCCACGGACUUGCCCACCCCGAAGGAAAUUUAUAAGGCGCUUGAUGACUUUGUUGUCGGCCAGGAAAGAGCCAAAAAGGUGCUUUCCGUUGCAGUUUACAACCACUACAAAAGGAUACAUCACGCUUCCCUGCAGACUAGGUCUGGUGCAGAAUCAGCUGAUUCUAAACUUCAAGGUGUACUUGAUAGUGAUUCUGUGGAACUGGAGAAGAGCAAUGUAUUAUUGAUGGGUCCCACUGGUUCAGGGAAGACGUUACUUGCAAAAACACUAGCUCGUGUUGUGAAUGUGCCCUUUGCCAUUGCUGAUGGUACAACAUUAACACAGGCAAGUUAUGUCGGAGAAGAUGUGGAAUCAAUAUUGUAUAGACUGCUUAUGGAAGCUGACUUUGAUGUGGAAGCAGCUCAGAAAGGGAUUGUCUACAUUGAUGAAGUUGAUAAGAUAACGAAGAAGGCAGAGAGCUUAAGCAGAGAUGUAUCUGGGGAGGGUGUUCAACAGGCAUUGCUGAAAAUGUUGGAAGGAACUGUAGUUAACAUUCCUGAUAAAGGAGCUCGGAAGCAUCCUCAUGGUGAUAGUAUUCAGAUGGAUACAAGAAAUAUCCUUUUCAUAUGUGGUGGGGCAUUUGUUGGUUUGGAGAAAGCCAUUUCAGAAAGGCUCCAAGAUUCUUCCAUUGGCUUCGGAGCACCAGUUCGUGCAAACAUGAGGACUAGUGAAUUGACUGAUGCCAUCUCGGCAUCAGCAUUGUUGGAAUCUGUGGAGACUGGUGAUCUUAUUGCGUAUGGCCUGAUACCUGAAUUUGUUGGACGCUUUCCAAUUUUAGUUAGUUUGUCAUCUUUAAAUCAGGACCAACUUGUUCAGGUCCUCACAGAACCUAAAAAUGCUCUUGGUAAACAGUACAAGAAGAUGUUUAACAUGAACAAUGUCAAAUUACAUUUUACUGAUAAUGCGUUGAGAUUGAUUGCGAAAAAGGCAAUGGCAAAGAACACUGGUGCUCGAGGUUUGAGAGCCAUAUUGGAAAACAUUCUUACAGACGCAAUGUUUGAGGUUCCAAACAUCAAGCCAGAAACCAAUAGGGUAUGUGCAGUUUUGGUUGAUGAAGAAGCUGUUGGAUCAGUGGACGCUCCAGGACUCGGAGCAAAAAUUCUUAGUGGGGAUGGUGCAUUGGAGCAAUUUCUUCAUGAAACAAAGUCAGGAGGGCACAUGGGAAAGGGUGGGGUGGAUGGAGGAGGUGAGUGUUUGCAACAUGUCUUAAAGCUUCAAUCAAGAGCCAUGGUGGUUGGGGCUUGUAGCUGUGCUAGCGGUUGA